UUAUCAGCCUGGCUGCCAGCCUGGCUUUGGCGUGUGCUGGCAUGUGCCAUGUGUGUUCGUGCACGGCUGUGGGCGACGGGAGGAAGGAAUAUAAAGAUGAUCUCAGAGCCGGCAGUGGUGCAGAGGCAGCUUUGCCAUGCUUGGAUUUCCUUGAAGGCGGAAAACACCUGCUGACCGGUCGCCGGGGAAACCGUCACGAGGAACAGAGUCCGGAGUCACUGUGGCUAGGAACGAGCAGCCCUUGGUGCGCCAGGGCCUCUCAGCGUCGACAUCAGCGCAGGCUUCCUGCGGGCAAGUCCCCCGGGCCAGCCCAGUCCCAGCCAGCGCCGGACUCUGAGCUUUGAACUCGCCCUCUGCCGAGUUGCAGACGGACAGACAGGAGCGCGGCCAGGGGAUGAGGGAAGCGUGUCCGAUGGAGCCCCAGCUCAAUGGAGCGGACAAUGCCCUGGGCGAGGCGCGGGAGCCAGCAGGAUCUGCCCAAGCAGAUCCUGGGAAGUGAGGUCAACACUCAAGUGAGAGGAAUGUGCUGGUGGGCAAAGGGCCAUGUGCUUGCAGCAAGUGUGUUCAUUCUCUGGGCCCGGCCCUUUAAGGAAAUGGUAUUUGGAGCAACGCCUCCCUACAAACUCGACUGGGCUGGUCCCAACAAGCUGGGCCAGCUGAAUACAAGGCAUCCCUUCCCAUUCCCAGCCAGCUGGGAGGAGGCUGAGGGGCAGGAGCAUCAGAGCCAGGAGAGGAGUGUGUGAGGCAGACAGGCUGGAGUGCAGCAGGGAUCCGGAGCCCAGCAGAGCGAGUGGGAACCCAUGGGAGCCGGGGUGGGACGCGACCCCUCAGCUGUCUCAGUGAUGAGGCCCCGGAUGGGUGUUUGGACAGAGCUGUGGACUGAUUGAGCUGCGGCUGGUUGGCAUGUGCUCAGGCGGCCUGGCUGACCCUGCCGCCAGCUCCGGGAAACUCAAGAAGAGCAAGAAGAAGAUGCUGGAGCUGAAGAAGUGGCAGAGCCUGGAGGAGACGGGGAGCGAUGCCCCCCAGCCAAGGAAGCACCCCAGCCUCUCUAGAUCAAAGACCUAUGACCUGUCUUUCUCCAAAGAGACCGAACAGGAGCCGGCUCUGAGCAGGCAGAGGGCCACCUCGUCCUCUUUAGCCAAGCGCCUGGCGAGCUACCACAAGGCCUUCAAGGAGAUGCCCGAGGAGGAGUCCCUACUGGACAGUGUCUCCUGUGCCUGGCAGAGGGAAGUCCCCUAUCACGGGCGCCUCUACGUCUCCCAGAACUACAUCUGCUUCCACUGCAGCAUGCUGCUCCGGGACGUCAAGGUGGUGAUCCCCAUCUCCUCCAUCGCCGUCCUCAAGAAGGCCAACACGGCGCUGCUGGUGCCCAACGCCCUCAGCAUUCGGACCGUGGAGGGUGAGAAGUUUCUCUUUGUCUCGAUGCGGACCCGGGAGGCCACGUACCAGCUGCUGCGAUCGGUCUGCAAACACCUGCAGGACGGGAGCACGAGCACCAGCCCCCUGGCCUCGCCCGCCAACACCAGCUCCGAGCAGCUCCGCGAGAAGUCUCUGACCUCGAGCCAGUCGGACCUGGAGCUGAACCCCCCCGAGUCUGACGGCCUCCUGGACCAGCAAGACGGGCUGGGCCCGAAGCAGAGCAGAGAGGGCGAGGAGAUGGCAGUGCCGAGCAAAGAGGGGGCGUGGCCAGGCAGGCAGACGAAGAAGACGCCCAGGGGCUGGUGGGCGCAACUGAGCACCCUCAACGUCGUCAUCCUCAUCUACCUGCUGCUGGUGGUGGUGUUGCUACUGUCCUCGGGGUACAUCGGCCUCAGGAUCGUGGCCCUGGAGCAGCAGCUGAUGUCAAUGGGGGCCUGGCCAGAGCUCGACCUGCAGCACCAAUACAAGACGACCUGAAACCAGGGCGGAGUCAGGCUGCGCUCAGCGCCAGAGCCUCGUGCCCCCGAAGGACCAGGCUUGCUGCUGGCAGAUGCCACCCUUAAAAAUGGGCUGGAAUCCCAUGGCUACGCAUCAGCUCUCCCCCCCCAUCCUGAGCUGUGUCUUGCCCUCAGCUGAGCUGGGGCUGAUUUUUAAGGAGACUGGGGGAGGGAAAUUAACCAACAAGGCCUGGACCAGGAACCACUCCUCGCUGCUGAAAUGCAGACAGAGCAGUGCGGAUGCAGAGGACAAGUUGAACUUCUCCUUCUGAGCGGUCAGGAGCUUCAACACUGUGCCUUAAAGACCCCCCUGUGCUGCGUUUCAUAGCGCACCAGCUUCCCUUUGGCAACCUGCAGAAGCCCUGGUGCAGCUGAUUUCGUUGCACUCGGGCUUCCCACUCAGCCACACGGUUUGCAACCUCAGCUGUACCGGACGCAGGGAUUGAACUGCACUGAGCAAGCAACUUUCACGCAACCCUCAGCUGAGGCAGCAAAACCGUGAUGGAAUCGGUCCGGCUGCUGCGUCCUUGUGCCAAAAAGGAAAGGGGCGUUUUCGGCUUCCGCCUGGGGCCCUUGGCGAGAACACAGAUCACAGCUCCAGCCGGGCCGGGAGGGGAGCCCUGUCCCGCGUGAGCAGCUGCAUGGCUGUCACAGUAGCUGUGCAAGGGCGCUGGCCUGCCAGGCCCCAGAGGCAAGGACAAGCCUCCUGCUGACCUCCCUAUGGCGUUUCACUCCUCCAGCACUGAGUGUCACGGGGACGCUCUGGGCCCCAGCGGGGCUCCCUUCGGGCACGGGCUGCUGGGGGGGG